UUUGGUGUGUCGCAUCCACGUGAACGGUUGUUCCAUCAGUGUUGUGCGAAUAAAGUUUUGUAAAAAAUGAAGUUGAAUGUAUCAUAUCCCGCAACGGGAUGUCAAAAGUUGAUAGAAGUUGACGAUGAACAUAAACUUCGUGUUUUCUAUGAAAAACGCAUGGGAAUGGAGGUCCCGGCCGACUCCCUUGGAGACGAGUGGAAAGGUUAUGUCGUCCGCAUCGCCGGGGGUAACGAUAAACAAGGGUUCCCCAUGAAGCAGGGUAUCCUUACAAACGGCCGUGUUCGUUUGUUGCUAUCCAAAGGACAUUCUUGCUACAGACCUCGCCGUGACGGAGAAAGGAAGAGGAAGUCAGUCAGAGGAUGCAUUGUUGACUCUAAUUUGAGUGUAUUGGCUCUGGUUAUUGUCAAGAAGGGUGAGAAGGAAUUGCCAGGACUAACCGAUAACAACAUCCCUCGUCGUCUUGGACCUAAAAGAGCCUCCAAAAUCCGCAAGCUGUUCAAUCUUACAAAGCAGGAUGAUGUAAGACGUUUUGUUGUCAAGCGUCCUGUUCAGAAGGAAGGAAAGAAGGAAAAGUUGAAGGCACCCAAGAUCCAGCGUCUUAUCACACCAGUUACCCUGCAAAGGAAAAGACACAGGGUUGCUCUGAAGAAGAGGCGUUGUUUGGCUCGUAAAGAACAAGCUGAAGAAUACGCCAAGCUUCUUGCUCAAAGACAUAAGGAAGCUAAGGCUAAACGCCAAGAAGAGCAAAGAAGAAAGCGUAGUGCUUCUUUGAGGGACUCAAAAUCCUCAGCUCAAUCUCACCCAGUCAGCAAGUGAGAGCACUAAGAUGUAAUAAAUAAACUAUUUUGCAACAUCAAAAAAUCAAAU